AUGAGCAAACAAAACCGACGAAGAAGGCUUGGCUAUGACUCUGUCGUGAUGCUUUUCAUGAUCAUCAUCAUCAUGGGAUUGAUGGCCAAUCAUCAACAACACGUAAAGGCACAUAAAAUUGGUGAUGCCAUUCCCAUGCUAAAGAGAAUACAAUUUAAUGAGAAGAGAACGGAAUGGAGUGAAGUGCCUUACGGAGAUGCUCCCCGAUUUGGACUUUCAAAGAAGAUCACCAUCACGGGUGUUGCAGCAAUACUUGAAGCCUUUCUUGAAGCACCAAAGGCAGAUGCUAAUACUGAUAAAUAUUAUGAAGAAUUAAUAAUGCAAACAAAGGAUGAUUUAAAAUUAGCGUUUUCAUUUCAUCACCCAAAUUUUGAAACUCCAUGGAUCACUCUCUUCUCUAAAGGAACACUUGAUACAGCAACAAACAGAAUGCAAUAUCAAUUUUUGAAACGAAUUGAUUUUUUAUUUAUCUAUCAUGGUGAUACCAUCAAGGAAAUCAAAUAUACUCUUGAUUACUAUGAUGAAAAUGACGAAAGUACCUACCGCCCAUCCACCAUUAAUAAUGACAUUGAGGUGAACUAUUAUUGGCAAGAAGUGAUUGAGAAGGACACAUCUACCGCGUUGAGCGCCCUCUACUUUAUUUCAUUCAUAUUUGGUUCCUUAAUUUUGGUCGCUGCUGUGAGUCAAUUACCAAAUACUCAGUUCAUGUAA